AAUGGAAACCGCUCUCUCCAUCAAUAGAAAGCCAGAACUUGCAGGAUUCUACCCGACUCAACCCAUUCCGAUUCACCAAGUCAUCAACUCACCUAUCAUACCCAGAAGAUGAAAAAAAGAAGCAGCGAGGACAUCGAUCAAGCAGUAGUUAAUGUUUGGAAACGCGAACUCGGCCAGCUCUCCACUCGCAAUUUCGCUCACCGCUUCGCCGCUUCCGAGGAUCUUGUGUCGAGGCUUGAAAUUCACAAGAAGUUAGAGAAGCACGAUGGAUGUGUAAACACGCUGAGUUUCAAUGCAGGUGGUGACAUCUUGGUGUCGGGCUCAGAUGACCUGCGGGUGUUUUUAUGGGAUUGGGAAACUGGGCGUGAUAAGCUAUCCUUUCGUUCGGGUCACGAUAAUAACGUGUUUCAAGCCAACUUCAUGCCCUUUUCUGACGAUCGAACUAUUAUUACCUGUGCUGCUGUUGGCGAGGUUCGGCAAGCUCAAAUUCUCGAAGGGGGGGAAGUGAAGACUAUAUUGCUAGGAAAACAUGAGGAAUCACAAGUUCAUAAGUUGGCUAUUGAGCCUGGGAGUGCUCAUAUAUUCUAUUCUUGUGGCGAGGAUGGAGUGGUUCAACAUUUUGAUUUGAGAACCAGAUCCGCCACAGAACUUUUUACUUGCCUUUGUGUUGAUGAUUUGAAGGGGUAUCGUCCAUAUGUCCCUCUAAAUGCUAUUGCUAUUGAUCCAAGGAACCCAAAUCUCUUUGCAGUUGGGGGAAUGGAUAAGUUUGCUCAACUUUAUGACAUCCGCAAGUAUAAGUGGGAUGGGUCAAGUGAUUUUGGUCAACCUGCAUGUUAUUUCUGUCCUCAGCAUUUGAUUGGCAAUGAAGAUACUGGAAUCACAGGCUUGUCGUUCUCAGAUCAGAGUGAGCUUCUAGUCUCAUAUGGUGACGAGUUCAUCUAUCUUUUUACACAAAGCAUGGGUUUGAGAAAUCCUCCAUUUCCAUCCUCUUCAUUUGUGGUUUCAAUGGACAGUGAUACAAGCAAAGUAGAACCUGGAUCUAUAGCUUCUUCGUCAUAUAUGGAUCUGGAUGGGAAAAAUGCCCCCCAAGUUUAUAUAGGCCACAGAAAUUGUGAGACUGUGAAGGGUGUGAGCUUUUUUGGGCCAAGAUGUGAGUAUGUUACUAGCGGGUCUGACUGUGGUCGGAUUUUUAUUUGGAAGAAAAGGGGAGGAGAGCUUAUUCGUGUUAUGGAAGCGGAUAAGGAUGUGGUAAAUUGUACUGAGCCCCAUCCCCAUACCAUGGCACUUGCUAGCAGUGGAAUCGAGUAUGAUAUAAAAAUAUGGACCCCAAAAGCUAUUGAGAGAGCUACUCUGCCAACAAACAUUGGACAGCUUCUGAUGGCCAAUCGAAUUGAUUGGUUUGGCAUGAGUGACAACAACGACGACAAUGAUGGUGACAGUGAUAUUGAUGGUGACUUUUAUGAUGAUUGUAGUGACAACAGUUUUAAUGAAAAUAUUGCAAUUCACGAUAAUUGCAAUUCAUGACGACGGGUUGGGUUAGGAGAUGCAUUGUUACCGCCCGGCCUAUUGAAAAGUGGUAAGAGUAAAUGUACAUAGUAUAGGGUGUUAGCUUUAACUAUUUUGAGCUGUCUUGCAAAUUUCCAUGUCUAACCAGCUAUAUUAUUCUGUAUUUAAAUUGUUUUUCGUUCAUUAAUAGCUACUUUCUCCUC